AAUGUAGUGGAGUAAAGGUCAUAAGUUUCCAAAAAAAUUAAUACUCAAGUAAAGUACAGAUACUCGAAAAAUGUACUUCGUUACUGUCCACCCCUGCCUGUGGCAUUGUGACGCCAUCACAGAAUCAGGCAGUUUGUUCCAGUUUGAGGGUUCAGACUCAGUCUCCUGCUCUCUGUCUCUCUUGCUCAGUUCAGUUCACCUCCUGUUUCUGUGCACUUCAAAAGGUAAUGCUGCAAAGCUCACCUGGGGAAAGCCACACCACGACACUAGAUUUUGUUACCCCAAAUCUGUCAUGGGAAGUGAAGUCUCCCGCUCCAACACCCACGUGGCCAACGCCACGGGGAAGCCCAUCCGCGUGUACUACAGCGUGGACAAGAUGCGUCUGGAGGAGAUAGUGCAGGAAAUCGGGGCCGAACUGGGGGCCUCUUCGUCUAAAGAAGUGAGCGGAAAGAUAUCGUCGUCAACAAAGAUGGUUUUCAAACGCGAUUCCCUCAUCCGCUACAUACGCAUCCCGGUCUCCGACUUCUGCAAGUUUGCGGGAGAGGGGACAAUUUACGCAAGCGUUUUUGUGGAGAGCUGUAGCUGCAGCGACGAAUGGGAGAAGACGAUCUGCCUGAAUUUCCACGUCCCCGGCGACAGGUCCUUCAUCGUGACCGAGAACCACAACAUCAGGUUCCAGAAAUACGGGGCGAGUAUCUGGGAGGACGAGCAUGGCGUCAGACAUGGCUAACAGAAACCUCUGGGGGAAAAAAUCGUAUCUACAAUCUAAGCCAAUAUCUAUCUUAAUUUGCAAACACCUUUGUACUUGAUCUUUAUUUUGCAUUCUGCACAUGCAUGAUAAAAUGUAACUGUGAGAAAUAAAUUUGAAUUAUGGUCUAAAAAAGCAAAUCAGAGAUAAUACAACCUGGAAAAAACUCUUGUGCUGCAUUCAGAGAUAUUGGUUUGUCUGGACUACCCCUGAAUGUAAGAUUGCAAGACUUAGUAGAAGUAGAAACCUUGCUUGCUUUGAAAUGAUGAAUUGCUGAAUGAAUUGCUUUCAUUCCACAUUCAGUCUAGUGUAGUUACUGUAUGUUGCUCUUCAGGUUAAUUUCUAGGCACUAUGUUUUUAUUAACACUUAUUUGCUGCAUUUGUGAAUGUUCUUUUUAUAUUUCAUUGGUCUUAGUUCUGCUGUGAUUAUUAAUGUUAUC